GGCGGGGCUUAGGGUAAACUUUUAAAUAAGUUUGUGCAGCUUUGCGGAGCUUUUAUUUAAGAUUUUCAGGAGGUGCCUUCCUACAUCAUGCGGCACAACUCACCUUUUUGGUUGCUCUUCCUAAGCAUUUCUUCCUGGGGACUGUGUGUCAGAAGUUCCCUCUCACUACCUCACGUGAAGGAGUACGAUGUUGUCACACCUCAGAAACUGGGCUCUCACACUAAGCGGAGCUCCUCCGCAACACAGACAUAUCCAGAUGAGCAGCAGUACAGUUUGACAAUAGAAGGAAAGAACUACACUGUCUAUCUUGAAAAGAAUAAGCUUCUUUUGGGAAGCAAUUACACUCUGACAAGCUACUUGGAAAAUGGGUCAGAGGUGACUGUGUCUCCAGCUUAUAGGGACCACUGUUAUUAUCAUGGACACAUCCAAGAUGUUGAAGAUUCUGCUAUCAGUGUCAGCCUCUGUAGUGGAAUACGGGGCUUUGUAAGAGCACAGCAUCAGGUCUACCUCAUUGAGCCCCUGGAGGGGUCAACAGAAGGGGAGCAUGCCCUCUAUAGACAGGAGCAUCUCAGGAGGAGGAGGAGGGCAGCAUGCGGCCAUUCCAAUGGCACCGUAUAUGACCUCAGCCCUCGCAUCUCUGCACUCUUUAAAGAGAAACCCAGGCAUCUUUUAGGACCCCAGGUUACAAGAUUUGUGGAGAUGUUCUUGGUGGUUGACCACUCAGAGUUUAAGAAUUUUGGGAGAAGUAUGCAAACAACUGAAUCCAGGAUGCUAGAAAUUGCAAAUCAUGUUGAUAAGUUGUAUCGGCCCCUGAACAUCCGUGUCAUGCUUGUGGGCCUGGAGAUCUGGACCGACAGGGACCAGAUCGAUGUCAGCCCGGAUCCAGAUGAAACCUUGACAAGAUUUCUCAAGUGGCGCAGGGAAAGCCUCCUCAAAAAGAAGAAACAUGAUAAUGCACAGUUUGUCACUGGUGUAGAGUUUGAUGGUCCUACUGUUGGCUUGGCAACUAAAUUUGCAAUGUGUACUGAAAGCUCUGGUGCAGUGAAUGAGGAUCACAAUAAGAAUCCCAUUGGUGUAGCAUCUACCAUUGCUCACGAGAUGGGCCACAACCUGGGGAUGUCUCACGAUACCGCUUCCUGUCUUUGUGGACCGUCAUUGUCUUCCAAGAAAUGUGUCAUGUCAGAGACUGUUGGACUGGACUACCCAGAGUUCUUCAGUACCUGCAGUCAGGCAGAACUGAAGUCAUUCUUGGAGACCACCAAUCCAUCAUGCCUAUUGAAUGUACCAGAAACAGAUCAGCUGUUUGGAGGUCCCGUAUGUGGCAAUGCCUUUGUGGAACCAGGAGAGGAAUGUGACUGUGGUACCGUUGAGGAGUGCAGGAACCCCUGCUGUAAUGCCAGUACCUGUCGGCUGGCAGAAGGAGCUGAGUGCGCAGAGGGAGAGUGCUGCUCUCAGUGCCAGUUCAAACCAGCUGGGAGCCUUUGCCGAAAUAGCGCCGGUGACUGCGACCUGGUGGAGUACUGCACAGGGCAGGUGGCACGCUGUCCCAAGGAUGCCUUCAAAAUGAAUGGGAUUCCCUGCAACUUUAAUCAAGGCUACUGCUACAACGGACAAUGUCCCACAUUGACGCAGCACUGCAGGAGGCUGUGGGGAGCAGGUGCACAAGUGGCUGUGGAUGCAUGUUUUCAGCAGAAUGUUCGUGGUACCAAGGAAGCAUAUUGCAAGAAGAUCAACAAUGACUAUCAGAGCUGUGCAUUCAAGGAUGUGAAAUGUGGAAAAAUAUUCUGCACUGGAGGGAAUGAAUACCCCAUCACUCGGCACAAGGCCACCCUCUCCCUGGGGAGAACACGGUGCAACAGUGCUGUAGACCUGUCUGAAGCUGACGAUCUGGGGAUGGUUCCAACGGGAACCAAGUGUGGACUUGGCAAGGUCUGUUAUGACAACACCUGCCAGGGCAUUGAAAUCUAUGGCACCGAGGGCUGUUCUGCAAAAUGCAACAACCAUGGGGUCUGCAACCACGAGAAUCAGUGUCACUGUGACCCUGGUUGGGCAACUCCUUACUGCAACGUAAAACUUUCUGAAUUCUCUACAGAUUUUGACAUUCUGGUGGUCUAUGUGACCACUGCAGUGGCUGUGUUUCUGGUCCUGGUUGCUGGAAUUAUAGUAUAUUCCAUGAAAAGGAAGAGGAACUUGUACCCCAGAAAAACAUCUGUGCUCUUUCUCCACAGAAAAGCCCCACACAGCUCAGGUCUGUGUAACCCGCUGUUCCAUGACAGCAGUGCUAGGGGCAGCCCGUCGUGUGGGACCCCUCAGAUUAGCAGGCCAACCUUCAUCGAGUCUUCAGUUAAACAGAAGUGCAGUCCAUUGCACAUCACAGUGGUGCCAACCCGACCUGCCCCAGAGCCACCACAAAAACCAGCACAGUCUAAUUCACAAUUAGGACAGAUGGCUAAACCCACUAUUCCACCUCCUGCCAUCCCAGAAAAACCUGCUCUUUCUCAGGCCAAACCAUUACCUCCUUCAAGACCGCUACCACCACUGAAUUUAAAACCAGUUGGCAUGCUAAGCACAAGCCCACCAGUGCCCCCCAUGAAGCCUUCUUUAACACAAUCUCAAUGGAAGCAGCACACCCAGAUUCAAGGAGGGAGGCUGGCUGCACCCACCCCCCCUUUGAAGCCACGCUGAAGAAUUUUUGGUGCUGCAGCAACUGUUUGGAACAUUGUAGGCCUUGUUGGCCUGAAGGUUUUUUUCCUGCCUAGGAAAUUGACUGUAAAGAUGAGGCAUGUUAUGCCAGUCCAAUGCAUUUUCAUGUACCUUUUAUGGAAUGCAAGCACUAUAGUGGUCUUUAAUGAGAAGGACCUUUUUAAUUUAAAAGUGCAGUUUUUACAAAUGUGUGUUUACAAAUACAGCGUCUUAUGUUCCAUUUACCUAUGGUACCCCUGUUUCACAAACACAGGAGUAUUUUGUUAUACCUCCUUGGCUGCUCCUUUUUUUCAUGUGCUGGAAGUGCAAGAAACCUGAAGGUGUUUUUAUCAGAUAUUUUACUUAAAAUAUGAAGGCAGUUACAUUCAACUGACUGUUUCAGAAAAUGGGUAGCCUGCCAAUCUUCA